AUGGCGCGACAACCCAAUGUUCAAAACAUAGCUAAUGCUUUUCAAACAUUAGCAACUGAAAUUGCAAGCCUUUCUAAUCUACCCGUAGUUAACAUCACACAACAAAUACAGAAUUUACAACAGAUUAUGGUUAAUCAGGAACAAAGAACACAGGCACGAAUUAGUAAUUCAACAAUCCGCGAUGACCAUGCUAAUAUUGAACUAUUAUUAACAGACACGGGAGGCAUUCCACCUAACUUUUCGCAGGGCUUAGAAGAUAUCAAGAACGCUAGGGCUAACACAAUUAAUGGACUUCUCACAGCUUAUAACCAGCCAGUUGCUGGAAAUUUAGAGACUCGUAAGAAACGUCUAGCGAAAUACUUGGGAAUAAGACUAGUUUCUUUAUAG